UCAUCGGGCACUAUAGUAUACAUACGAGUAUAUAAACAAACAGACUCGUAUAUAGGUUCGCUUAUGAUGUGCAAUAAAAUAGUAUAAGAGAGGAAGCUGAGAAUUGAUAAGCUUAUCUGUAGAAGCCGAACAAGAGAAAAGAUAUAUAGAAAGCUACGGACUAGACGCCUUAGAUUAGUGCUUAAUAGUCAAUUCUACUUGACCAACCACAAUGUUGGCCACCAUUGCAGCCAAUAGAAGUCGAAGCCACAGCCCAGUCAUGUCGGACGACGCAGUUAAUGGCACCACUUCCCCAUCUCCAGCGCCCGCUGCUUCCGAACCACCAUCCGUAGAGCUGGCCCAAAUGGCGCUGGAAGAGCAGCCGAAAGUUAGCUUCUCGGACCAGUUCAAGGCCUUCUCAAAGUUCGGCGACACCAAGUCGGAUGGAAGGCUCAUAACGCUGUCGCAGAGCGACAAGUGGAUGAAGCAGGCGAAGGUGAUAGACAAGAAGAUAACCACCACCGACACGGGCAUACACUUUAAGAAGUUCAAGGCCAUGAAAAUUUCACUGAGCGACUAUAACAAAUUCCUGGAAGAUCUGGCCAAGACGAAAAAGGUGGAGCUCUCGGAGAUUAAGCAGAAGUUGGCUAGCUGUGGUGCACCUGGUGUGCUGUCGGUGUCGGCCGGCAAGGCGGCUGCGGCUGUGGAUCGUCUGACGGACACCAGCAAGUAUACGGGAUCUCACAAGGAGCGCUUCGAUGCCAGCGGCAAGGGCAAGGGUAUUGCUGGGCGUCGCAAUUUGGUGGACGAUUCCGGCUAUGUGAGUGGCUAUCAGCACAAGGACACCUACGAUGCCCCCAAAUAGAGAAUGUACAAAUGCUCGUAUUAUUUAGAGUUCUUUGUCCCAACUCGCAACAUUGCAAAUCCCUCUCGAAGUUUAUUCCACCAGAUAUUCAACUUUUUAUUUAAUUUAUGUGCAGUUUCUUAAUGUAUGUAGCAUCAAUUCUUUGUUUUCAUUCUCGUAUGUAAUAUAAUAUAAGUUGUGAUAAUUUAAGUGCUUAAAAUAAAAAACCAAUUAUCAUUUAAUA